AUGGAGAACCGUGAGCAAGAAAUAGACAACAGUCUAACCAACAGCCACGACAUUGUUCCCCAACAAAGAGAGCCGGUGGUUCCUCCGUCAAAUCUGAGUACAUCUAGUCCAGAUGAUACGAGAGACGCCGAAGUAAAAGACGUCUACCACUGGGCCAUCUCAUCUCCAUAUUCCCCUCUAAAUCUCCAAUCCUUACGGCAACCUCGUCCGGCCGAUGCGCCUCGAGAUUACCCCGAUUGCUUCACAUUUCGGGACGCAUUCGAAGAUCUUUUGGCAGUGAAUUCUGGAAAACCUCUAUCUGACCUGCGCAGACUUAUAUUCUUCAAACACUUUGAGCAUGUGCGGUACUUUCCCUGGGGAAUGUCCGUUGAAAACUGGGUUGCCGGUGUUGGACUUCGCGGCCUUUGGGGAACUUAUUUCCCUCUCUCCCCAUCGGCCAAGCGUGAUUUGUCCUGCGGUAUAAUCUCGCCUUGGAGAAGCCUACAGAUAGGAGAAACGACAUUUCAUCAAUCACCUGUAUCGACGUGGCCCAGCAUGAUCUUCCCGCCUUGGGAGCAUCACCGGUUAUGGCGAUAUGGUGAUCCGAUUGGAUCCGAAGAAAAGCCAACUGAGUGCGAAGCUGAAACGACGUACCCCCAAGAAGCAGACACGGAAUAUGAUUUAUACGAGGCUACGCGCUCUGAGCCUACUACGGAUAAUAAGGUAGUAGAGACAAAUAUCCCUCAAGGACUAAGUAAUCAAAUGAGAUCGAGCCAGACUACUAAUUCCCAGGAUUCUAAUGACGAGACUGUGACCCAGACGACUGAAACAUCAGAUGGCGGUAAGAUUGUAAAGACCAUCGAACAACACGGCUCAAAAUUCGGGAAAAGAGUCAGUACUACCAUAGAACGAUUCAAUGCUGCCGGCGAGCUGGUCUCUAGAAGCCGGACAAGCAACUGGUCAUGGUCUUAUCAGUCCCCGGACACAUCUUCAAAAUCCUUUGAUGACGAGGGGUCAAAUUCAGAUGAUGAGAACACAGAUUGGCCCGAUGAUAAGGAGGGAAGGUCUACUAGAAGGGACCACAAGUCUACUGGUUGGUUUUGGAAAUAG